CGUAUCAAGGGGGGUGUUUUAGGGAUAUAAAGUCUCAUCCUCUGAUAUUCUUCCAUUGCAAGAAGAACCGGCUUUGGUGCUAGCUGCAUUAAGGAAGAGAAACACAGACGACAUGAACAACACAAGAAUUUCAAUUCUCGUCGUAGUUCUCUCCCUUUUAUUAGCAGCUUUGACAGACGCCAGGGGACUUCCGGAUGUUAAAAAUAGGGUAAAACGCCAGUCAGCCGACGUACAGGCGGCGGAAUACUUGGCAUGGAUUGCACUUGGCGGAAAGAUUCCUUAUAACGGCUGUGCUCAGGUUGCGUGUGGGGUGGUCGAUAUAGUCAAUAGAAUCAGGCGGUCAUCAUCCGAUCAGAGAAUAGCAGAGUUACAGGCCCUGAUGGCCUUGGUACAAAGUGGCGGCAUGGUUGCCCAUGGACAGUAUGAUCCGCUCAGUAUUGGAAAGAGGAAGCGAUCCGGUUUCCGGCCGGAAAUUCAGUCUGAGGAUGACGAAAGGAGAUGGGCACUAGUUAACGCCAUUGUACAGAAGGAAGCCAAUGACAUUUCAAGAGAAAAUGAACAGUAAACUUUACAUCAGCAUACCUACAAAAGCCGACAAAUCCUUCCAAUUCAGCAACAGGGGCGAGAGUUUAGCGAGAAAAGGCGUGAUUUGUGUUUGAGUUCCAGUACCACGUGACAUGCAUGACCCAAUCACAGUGACCUCGAGAGGAGUUGAUCCACUCUAUAUUUCUACGGGCGUUAUUUACAUAUUUUAUUGAGCAUCCAACCAAAACCAUCCUCUUUCAAUAAAAGAAUUGUGUAAAAAGGGUCA